AUGUCCUGGUGGGGUGCUGCACCAGCAGCAGCAGCAGCAGCAGUAGCAGCAGCAGCAGCAGGGUUGCCGCUGCGUGCUCUCGCGCAUGCAUCUCAUGCCGAAGGCGAGGAACAGCACCAUGUACACCGGCUUCUGCAGCAGGAUCCGCUGCAGCGGCAGCAGCAGCAGCAGCACGAUGUGGGGGAGGAGCAGCAGCACGAAUUUCCUGUCUGGGCUUCAAAGCUGUUUGCUGUUUGUGUGCUGACAGCAGUCUCAGCAGGAGGGGCUGUUCUUCCUUUCUAUCUGCAGCGCAAGGCAGCAGCAAACUCGCAGCAGCAGCAGCAGCAGGGAGGUCGCCGCAACUGCAGCAGGAAAAGGACGUGGAUCCAGGUUAUGCUGGUGUUUCUUAAUUGCUUUGCAUGCGAGGCAGUUGCGCAGCUAGAAACGUCUGGGGUGUCUAUGCAGCUGCAGCACGGAGACCAUCAGCACCCUUAUAAUGCUGCUUACGUUCUUGCUGCAGCAGGGCUGACGUUUAUGCUUUUCUUUGAACAAAUCUGGGGACAGUCGCACUCACAUGGUCAUCACGACAGCGAGACUUGUUCCGACUCUAGCUCUGUUGGUGCUGACGGGGAAGCAGCAGCAGCAGCAGCAGCAGCAUUGCCUCACCCAGCACAUUUGCAUGCGCAGCAGCACGGCUCCUGCAGCGAAGCAGCUUAUUGCCCUGAAUGUGAAGAUUGUGUUGAAGCACAUACUGCAGCAAAUGAACAAGAUAUAGGCUGUCCUCAGCGUGCUGCUGCUGCUGUUGCUGCUGCUGCGACAGCGGCGGCGGCUGGAGGCGCGAAGAGCGAGAAGAAAGACCCGGCGCAGCAGCAGCAGCAGCAGCAGCUUGCAGCUUCCAAGGGAGACGGGCAACUCCCUCUUGCUGCUGCUGCAGCAACAAAGCUGUCAGCUGUAGCCCCUGCAGCAGAGACAGGGCGCCGCCACAGCAGCAGCAGCAGCAGGAGAGGAUCUCCUUGCGAAUCUGGCUGCGGAGGCCCAGCAGCAGCAGCUGCUGCUGCUUCAGGACAGCGAGGCUGCAGCAGCAGCAGCUGCUGCAGCAGCAAAGGCAAUGCAUGCGAAGGCGUGGGGCGGGGAGGAGACAAUGGGCCUUCGGGGAGAGGCAAUUUUGUUGCUGCUUCACCUCUAGACAACCAAACUUGUUCUGAUGAAGCACAUCUGCUGCACAAGCUGCAGCAGCAGCAGCAGCAUCAGCAGCAGCACGGGCGCGCAGCAGCAAGAGGAGGGUCAAAGGUGCCUCUUGCUGCUGCACUGGGGACACAUGCAUUUCUCGAAGUGUUUGGGGUGUCUGUGGAGGUGGAAUUAAUAUGCGGUAUCCCUAAACCCUAA